UUCUAUCACAGUAGCCAGUUUACCGGACGAGGGGUAGACUUGUGACGGCGCAAACUGGUCAAUGUUCUUUGUCUCAUCAAAAACAUGACAAGACUGACCCGUGUUUUGAAGUGUGAGAGAAGACUUGACAACGCGCUCGGGUUGGAAAUGGACGCGAGUAACUAGUGUGGACGAAAUGGAGAAAAGAUUGCGGAUGUAAACAGCUGCGCUUGAUUGCGAACAAUAUUGGUGUCAGUUGUGAUAUGGAGCGGGAGGAUGAGGGUCACGGAUCUGAAUGGGCUGUAGUGGAAAGACAGGAAGAGAUCACCAUACAGAAAGCGAUGGAGAGUCUAGUAAAAGAAAGCAUAAAGAGGGCCAAGGUAGGAGACAAUAGCAGUGAUGUGUUGGAGUGGAAAGUGGUGAUGGUGUUUGAUGAGACCACAGGGCUUCAUUUACACGCGAUCCGACUAACCAAUGUCAUAGAGAAAGAGAGAGGUGUGAAGUCCAACUGGCUCGGUUCAUCAGAAAAGGUGUCCUGCAGAGUCAUCUGAAGGUCCUGUCUGCUGGGAUGAAGACAUACGAGGUGCCUCCAGACUACAGCGAGGUUGUGCUACCUGAAAGACCCAAGCUGAAGUUUCUGAACAAGGUGCCCAACUUUAAGAAGGCGAGGAAGGAGAUGAAGAAGCUAAGAGACAUYCARGGACCAGCCCAGACAGCCAACACCUUCACCAAGGGACAGUACGGCAUCGUGGCGCUGGGCGGGGGCUACCUCCAUUUCGGUCACAUGGAGAUGAUGCGUCUGACCAUCAACAGGAGGAUGGACCCUCGCACCACCUUCGCCCGCUGGCGCAUCAACGCCCCCUACAAGCCCAUCACCAGGAAGGGCCUGGGCCAGAGGAUGGGCGG